AUGGAUGAUUUCAAGAAGCAGCAGGUAAAAGAUUCGCAUGAAGUUCACACAUCUUAUUUUUCUACAAACUGUGCUGUAGCGUCAUGGAACACACAAGGGGAGAGUCAUAUCUCGAGUGAGAAUGGAAAUCUUUCCAAUUCUUGCAACGAUCAGCUGGUUGAGCCAGCCAUGAAAAUGGUUCAAGAUGGAAGUAAUGUGGCUCCUACCGUCUCUUCAUCAACUUCGGUAUCCGCAACUGUUGGACAAGGCUAUAGUGGUUACGCCACUUAUCCAAAUACGGAUCCUUACGGAUAUAGCAGUACAGGUUAUGCAGCUUACUACAGUCCAUAUCAACAGCAGCCCGGCCAGUAUCAACAGCAGCCCAGCCUAUAUCAACUGCAAGCUGGUCAGUAUCCACAACAACCCCCACAGUAUCAGGAGCAACCCACUCAGUAUUCACAGCAACCUAAUCAGUCUUACCCCCACCACGUAGGAGCAUAUCAAAACACAGGUGCUCCUUAUCAGCCUCUUUCCUCAUUUCAAAAUACAGGGUCUUAUGCUGGACCUGCAAGUUACCCAAGCACUUAUUACAAUCCUGGUGAUUAUCAGACGUCUGGAAGUUAUACGAGUAGCAGCUAUGGUACCCAGACCAAUUCGUGGGAUGGAGGGCAAUAUGCGACAUAUGGUUCUCAACAGUAUCAAAAUUACACUCAGGAUUCCAAUUCUGCCUAUAGUUCGACCUCUGCUGUCGCGAGUUCCCAGUAUCAGCAACAUUAUAACAAGCAGUGGGAGGAUUACUAUAAUCAAUCUCAAGCUGAAGUUAGCUGUGCUCCGGGGACUGAGAAACUAUCUGUCCCUGCUGUGUCUAGUGUGAGUACUUCUGUUCCUAGUGGAUGUCUUCCACAAACAACAAUCAAUCAGAUGCCUAAAGCUUGUACAGUUUUAUGGAAUCAUGAGUCUAGCUCAUCUGAAAUGACUUCUGUUCAGUCUGUCACAUUAAGUGGCAGUAACCACGUAGGUUACUUGAAACACGGGCCUUCUGCUUUCCACAACGACCCAUCUAAUUCUGUACAACUGCAAGCUCCAAAGCCACCAGAAGUAAUUCCUGCAUACGAUGGUUUUCAAAACCAACAGAACUCCACAUAUAUCCAAGGAUCUUCUGCAAGGUUUCAAGCUUCUUACCAGGUUUCUCAGGAUCACCAGUCAUCCCUGCAAACAGUUUCACAACCUUCUGAUCCUCUUGACUCACUCAAGACACCCAAGCUGCAAAUGUCAGCAAAUCCUAGAAUUGCUCCAAAUUUACCCUUGAAUCAAUUAAAAAAUGAGCAAGGUAGCUCUGCGACUGGUGGAGCUGCAAAACCUGCGUAUAUCAGUGUCCCAAUGCAGAAGCCGGAUGAAAUAUUUGCGUCAAAUGAUGAAGUUGAUACCACGGUCAAGCCUGGUGUAUUUCCAAAAUCAUUGCGCGGCUAUGUUGAGAGGGCUUUGGCUCGCUGCAAAACUGAUAGACAAAAGGCAGUUUGCCAAGCUAUAAUGAAGGAGGUUAUAACUAAAACGACGUCUGAUGGUACACUUUACACGAAAGAUUGGGACAUGGAGCCUCUUUUUCCUAUGCCAAAUGCUGAUCCUGUUGAGGAUAAUACACAAUUGCCAAAGAGUAGGAGUCCUAGUCGGAGAGCCAAAAGUAGGUGGGAGCCUGUUCCGGAGGAAAAGGUGGUUCACAAAUCGGCUACUAUUUCCCCUGGAACUGCAGUACAUGGAAGUUGGAAUUACAAACAGGUUUGUGGUGGAAAAACAGAGAGCAAAGACAAUUUGGGAUCCAGAGUUUCUUUUACAUAUCAGAAAGGUUUCAGCAAAAAUGCUGCUAGACCUGCUAAGAGGCUGCGUCUUGGUGAAGACCUUAAUACUGAGGAUGCUGGCGAACCUUCUAGCGAUAGUGACAAGGAACAAUGUUUGACAAAAUAUUAUUCUGCUGCAAGUACACUUGCAAAUUCACCGGAAGAGAAGAGAAAACGUGAAAAUCGAUCAAGGCGCUUUGACAAGGGGCAUGGAAAUCGAGCAGGAAAAAGUAAUUUUAGAGUGAGUGAUGUUGGAACUGGUAUUAUGCACACAAGAAGAGCUAGCGCCUUGGUACUUAGCAGAACUUUGGAGGAAAGUUGUAGCAGGGCUGUUGAAGAUAUUGAUUGGAAUGUCCUUACUGUCAAGGGAACUUGUCAGGAAAUUGAGAAACGCUACUUGCGGCUUACUUCUGCACCUGAUCCUGCUACGGUGAGACCUGAAGAGGUGUUGGAAAAAGCAUUGCUGAUGGUUCAAAAUUCUCCAAAGAAUUACCUUUACAAAUGUGACCAGUUAAAAUCAAUACGUCAAGAUCUUACUGUACAACAUAUACGUAAAGAGCUUACAGUAAAGGUAUACGAAACUCAUGCUAGAUUGGCAAUCGAAGUUGGGGACUUGCCAGAGUAUAAUCAGUGCCAAUCACAAUUAAAAACACUCUAUGCAGAAGGAAUUAUGGGAUGUCAUAUGGAAUUUGCAGCAUACAAUUUACUAUGUGUAAUAAUGCACUCAAACAAUAACAGGGACCUUCUGUCAGCAAUGUCCAGAUUGCCAGCUGAUGCUAAGAAGGACAAAGCAAUAAAGCAUGCUCUUUCAGUUCGUAGUGCUGUUACAUCUGGGAACUAUGUGAUGUUUUUUAGACUUUACAAGAUGGCGCCUAAUCUUAAUACCUUCCUUAUGGAUCUUUAUGUUGAAAAAAUGCGAUACGCAGCUGUGAAGUGCAUUGCUCGUUCGUACCGUCCUACAGUUCCUGUGGCAUAUCUUUCCCAGAUUCUAGGAUUCACUAAUGCAUUGCCUACAACUGAGCUAGAUGUAGAGAAAGAACUGGAUGGGAUGGAGGAGUGCCUGGACUGGUUAAAAGCUCAUGGUGCAUGUGUAAUUUUAGAUAGCUCUGGAGAAACAUUACUUGAUGCAAAGGCCUCUGCAUCAACUCUUUUUAUGCCAGAGCCUGAAGAUGCCGUGUCGCAUGGAGAUGCAAGUCUUGCAGUUAAUGAUUUUUUGACUCGGGGUUAA